AAAAUAAACUAUAGGCUCUAUCCUUUCACGCCUCUUUCACAUCCUCUCGCCCAGCGCAACCUACUUCUCAGCGCCGCCCCGGUUUCCCUCACUUCCAACGCCGCCUCUGGCUUCCCUCACUUUCAACGCCGCCUCUGCUCCACGACUGCCGGAGAAACCAACUCUCCUACAUGUAAUUUUUUCUAUCGCAAUUAUUAAAAUAGUGCUUGUGGAAAAAAAGAAGAAGAGGUGAGGUAUCUUCUCUGAAUUAGCUGAUACGGGUUUGUAGACUUACAGAUUACUUCCGAAAGAUGGAAAAGUACAUCAGAAUGACUUAUCUCUUCAUGAAGAAAGUGAAACUUAUCGCUAUUGCACUCUACUGCACUUAUAUGACAACUUGCAUCCUCUACUACCUAACCACUACGCCCCCGGAAGAGGAGAAAGGUUACACAUGGAUUGAGAGCUUGAAACUAAGUGAUUACAUAUGGAUGUCUAGCACCACAUCGAUUUAUUUUUCCAUUGUCACCAUGGCAACUGUAGCAGCAAUUUUGAAAGGAUCAAAGACAUUCAGAUAUUGGGACAAGAUGUGUGAUCUUACCAAAUCUAUGACUGUAUACAUACUUGGAAGGAUAUUACGUAAUCAAAUAAAAGGGCACUCGCGAUUGCAAUAUGGAAGUAGCUAUACUGAUGCCAUUGUUCUACAAAUGUAUCAAACUUUGUAUCAGUCAUGUGUGGAAAAUAUCCCAUUUUUCAAAGGUUGCUCCCAAGAAUUCAUCAAUGAAAUUGUAACUCGGGUCCAUGAGGAUUUCUUUCUUCCAGGAGAAGUCAUAAUGGAAGAAGGGAACGUUGUGGAUCAGCUCUAUUUUGUCUGUCAAGGUGUCUUGGAGGAGGUUGGAACAGGGGCUGAUGGAUUAGAAGAGAGUGUCUCUCUCCUAGAGCAUAAUAGCUCGUUUGGAGAUAUUCCCAUUCUUGACCAAUUUCCUGAGCCUUAUACUGUACGCGUACGUGAACAAUGUCGACUCUUGCGUGUUGAUAGACAGACUUUGUCCAAUAUCCUCGAGAUAUAUUUGCAUGAUAGCCGGAAAGUCAUGACCAACGUGUUUGACUUAUGUCAGCGAAAAGAAUCUAAUCUUCGUCUGAAACAAUCGAAGUUGGAUAUUAUGGUCCAAGUUUCUAAACAACGGGCUGCCCUUAUUUUGAGAGUGCAUAAUGCAGUCUUUGACGGUGACCUGUAUCAGCUUAAAAGCAUAAUCCGUUCUGGAGCUGAUCCGAACAUGAAAUUUUAUACUGGAGAGACAGCCCUGCAUCUUGCUGCAUCAAGAGGACACGAAAAAAUCACUCUGUUCUUGAUACAAGAAAGUGUAGACAUCAAUGCAAAAGAUAACUUUGGCAACACCCCCUUGUUCGAAGCCAUUAAGAAUGGACACGACAAGGUUGCUUCACUACUAUCUAAAAGCGGGGCUAAACUGAAAAUUGACAAUGCUGGUAGCUACUUGUGCUUAGUGGUUUUAAAAAGAGAUUCGGAUCUCCUGAGAAGGUUGUUGAUCCAUGGCUUGGAUCCCAACUUGAAAAACUAUGAUCAUCGAAGCCCCCUUCACAUAGCUGCCUCUCAAGGAUUGUAUCUAAUGGGAAAGAUGCUUGUCUUGGCAGGAGCCAAUGUCUUAACAAAAGACAAAUGCGGAAAGAGUCCUAUAGAUGAAGCGAGAAUCUGUGGGAACAAAAACAUGAUCCGAUAUCUGGAAGAACAGGCAAAGAUGGGUCGUGAGGAAACGCAUGCAAAGAAGGUGUGCGAUGUGCUUCCAUUUCGUCCAUGGGAUCCUCUAGAAGGACGAUAUUUGGAAGAAGAGGCAAUGAUGGGUCGUGAGGAAACGCAUGAAAAGAAGGUGUGCAGUGUGCUUCCAUGUCGUCCAUGGGAUCCUAUAGAAGGAAGAAAAAGGGGAAUUAGGAUGUGGGUUCCUCACACCAUGGAAGAGCUAACAGAAGAUGCAUCCUACAAGCUGAGGAUGCUUGAAGCAAAAUGCAUGAUAUUAAGUGAGGAAGGAUGUCAAGUUACCGAUGUAGAUACUAUUGUGGACAGGCAGAGGCUGUAUCUCGUCUACGAAACUAAAUGAAUCAUGUGUAACAUAAUGAUUUAAUAGACCUGGAAUUUGAAUUGUAUGGAGGUUUUACAUCCUUUUGCUCAGUGUAUUUUUGGAGAUCAUGCUACUUUUGUCCAUCACCAAUAAGAAAUUCAUCUGUCUGAAAA